AGCCGGAGCCGGCGGCGCGGCAGGGGCAUGGGGUGGGCGGCGUGCGGGCUCCUGUGGCUGCUGCUGGGCAGCGCCGGGGCGCAGUACGAGAAGUACAGCUUCCGGGGCUUCCCUCCCGAGGACCUGAUGCCGCUGGCGGCGGCCUACGGACACGCGCUGGAGCAGUACGAGGGCGAGAGCUGGCGCGAGAGCGCGCGCUACCUGGAGGCGGCGCUGCGGCUGCACCGGCUGCUGCGGGACAGCGAGGCCUUCUGCCACGCCAACUGCAGCGGCCCGGCGCAGCCCGGGGCCUCGCACCCUGCGCCCAGCCCCGACGGCGAGCGCGGCGAAGAGUGGGCGCGCGAGCUGCGGCUCUUCGGCCACGUCCUGGAGCGCGCCGCCUGUCUGCGGCGCUGCAAGCGGACGCUGCCCGCCUUCCAGGUGCCUUACCCGCCGCCGCAGCUGCUGCGCGACUUCCAGAGCCGCACGCCCUACCAGUACCUGCACUACGCGCUGUUCAAGGCUAACCGGCUGGAGAAAGCAGUGUCCGCGGCCUACACGUUCCUCCAGCGGAAUCCCAAACACGAACUAACUGCCAAGUAUCUCAGUUACUACCGAGGGCUGCUGGAUGCCGCCGAGGAGCCGCUCACCGACCUGGAGGCCCAGCCCUACGAGGCUGUGUUCCUCCGGGCGGUAAAACUCUACAACAGCGGGGAUUUCCGCGGCAGCACCGAGGACAUGGAGCGGGCCCUGGCUGAGUAUCUGGCAGUCUUUGCCCGGUGUCUGGCUGGCUGUGAGGGGGCCCACGAGCAGGUGGAUUUCAAGGACUUCUACCCAGCCAUUGCAGAUCUCUUUGCAGAAUCCCUGCAGUGCAAGGUGGACUGUGAGGCCAACCUGACCCCCAACGUGGGGGGCUACUUUGUGGAAAAGUUCGUGGCUACCAUGUACCACUACCUGCAGUUUGCCUACUAUAAGUUGAACGACGUGCGCCAGGCUGCCCGCAGUGCCGCCAGCUACAUGCUCUUCGACCCUGGAGACAGCAUCAUGCAGCAGAACCUGGUGUAUUACCGCUUCCACCGGGCUCGCUGGGGGCUGGAGGAAGAGGAUUUCCAGCCUCGGAAGGAGGCCAUGGUCUACCACAACCAGACUGCAGAGCUGCAGGAGCUGCUGGACUUUGCACACAUGUACCUGCAGUCAGACGAUGAGAUGGAGCUGGAGGAGGCAGAAUCAUCCAAGGAGCCUGAGGACCCGCCAUCAGACACCGAAUUUGAGGGGGAGGGUGACUACGAGGAGGGCAUCUAUGCUGACUGGUGGCAGGAGCCAGAUGCCAAGGGCGACGAGGCUGAGGCUGAGCUGGAGCCUGAACCAGCAUGAGAAGGGGGCCACCCCCAGCACCUCUCAGGAGCCUGGGAAACCUGGACCCACCAGUGCCGUGGUGCCACUCCUCCCCAGCCCGGCAGCAGCAGGAACUAUUUAUUAAAAACUUAAAAUGG